AUGUGGUGGCUACUUGUAACAAUGUGUUUCAUCCACAUAUCUGGAAACGCAUUUUGCUUCUUUGGGAAAAUUGCUGAGAACCCUGAAGCCAGUAUGAAUGUUAGUCAGAUGAUUUCCUACUGGGGCUACCCAAGUGAGAUGCAUAAAGUUAUAACUUCGGAUGGCUAUAUCCUUCAGGUCUAUCGGAUUCCUCAUGGAAAGAAUGAUGCUAAUCGUUUAGGUCAGAGACCUGUUGUGUUUCUGCAACAUGGUCUUCUUGGAUCAGCCACAAACUGGAUUUCCAACCUGCCCCACAACAGCCUGGGCUUCCUGCUGGCAGAUGCUGGUUAUGAUGUGUGGCUGGGGAACAGCAGAGGGAACACCUGGGCCCAGGAACAUUUAUACUAUUCACCAGACUCCUCUGGAUUCUGGGCUUUUAGCUUUGAUGAAAUGGCUGAAAAUGACCUUCCAUCCACAAUUGAUUUCAUCUUAAGGAGAACAGGACAGGAGAAGCUACACUAUGUUGGCCAUUCCCAAGGCACCACCAUUGGUUUUAUCGCCUUUUCUACCAAUCCCACACUGGCUGAAAAAAUCAAAGUCUUCUAUGCAUUAGCCCCAGUUGCCACAGUGAAGUACACCCAAAGCCUGUUUAACAAACUUGCACUUAUUCCUCACUUCCUCUUCAAGCUCACACCUCCAAUCUAUGAUCUAACAGUCAUGAAUGUCCCAAUUGCAGUAUGGAAUGGUGGCAAGGACCUGUUGGCUGACACUCAGGAUGUUGAUCUUUUGCUUUCAAAACUCUCUAAUCUCAUUUACCACAAGGAAAUUCCAAAUUACAAUCACUUGGACUUAAUCUGGGCAACGGAUGCACCUUGA